AUGAAAGUCAGGGUGUGUGUGAGAGUGUGUGUCUCACUCAGAGAAAAAGGAAGAUGUUUGCGGCCUCUCGUUGGUUUUGUGUCCAUCAUGACGGACGGUGUGUGUAUGUGAAGACGCACAAAUAGGAAGGACUCAAGCUAUAGGUUGAAAAUCAUUUGAGGGCGACGACUCAGAGACAAUGAUGAGGACAGUGAGAAGCCGAGAACAUGAACAACGGGAGGAGAACGCAUGCGAAAAGAAAAUUAAGCGGCAAGGACUGGCAUUUUAGCAAAAGCAAACACAUUUUCAUCAUGGAGGGUCGCUCAGCCACUCAAUCCUUCUCCAACCACCAGCAUCAUCGCCACCGUCCAUCUUUUCUGACCCUAUCAGGCUUUCAGAGCUCUGAUGCUGGAUUUCCACCCUCACACUCUAUCCAGGACUCCCAAGACCACUAUGGGGGUAGAGGGGAGGAAUCCACACCCGCCUUCCUGACAUCAAACACCUCAACUGGGAUGAGGAGGGUGAAUAGUGGGAGUGACAGAGUCUUCCUCACCACCAGCGGGAGCAGCUUGGACGGAGAUGCUGGUUUAGGAGGUCACUUUGGUGGCGAAAGCAGACUGGGAGGUCACUUUGACGACUCGUGGUACGGCAAAAAAGGGAUGUGGGACGACGUGGAGAGCGGAGAAAGCACCGCAGAUGAUUUCCACAGUAAAGAAGAUUGUUACAGCAACACGAAUGAUGUGUUUUGCACCAUGAAUUGUGUUCCUGAAGAGGGAGACAAGUGGACGAUCAGAUCAAACUAUAACAAUCAUGGACAAAGUGAAGUCUGUAACAGGGAAGGCAGCUUCAGCAAGCAAUCUGCGUCCUACAACAGAUCAGAUUCGAAGGUGAGCGAUCAUUAUGUAGCAGGAGAGGAGGAUUACGGGUCCAGCUGUGGUUCAGGAGAGGAUCAGCUUCAGCAGGCAGAGGCUGAAGGGUCGUGGCUCACGGUUUCACCCACAGGAGAGGCAGAGAUCAGAGGUCUCGCAGAUGGGAGGUGGAGAGGAGCAGCAGGACCUAACGUUCUGGCCUCAGGAUCACCUGUGGGGGCCAACAGCAGAGCCUACCCUCAGAAACUAGACUCUUUCUCUGACGCCUUCCUCCCUCAGAGGAGGAGAAGAUACCAAACUCCUUCUGAUAGGGAUUCUGGACAAAUCUGGGAAAACGGAUUAGGAAGAGGAGAUAACUCUGGAUCAGUCAAGAUGAGGCAAAGCUGUGCUUUUGACCCGGACUCGUAUCUUCAUCCGUCCUCCUCCUCUCUGUCAUCUUCUUUUCCCUCCCCUCCCACAUCGUCUCACCUCAUGUCUUCAGUUCUGAGUCCCCCUCCCACUCCCUUGCCCCCUGCUUCUCAGUCGCCCUCCAAAGCAGACUCUCCAACCUCACAGGGGGGCACGGCACAUGUGGUUCCCCAAGGGGAAGAAUCCCUGGGUGGGCUUCAAUUUUUCCCACCCCGUGUUCAGUCCUCUGGGAUGAUCUGGAAGUUCCCCCUGCUUUCGCACUGCUUCCCACAGCUAUCAACCGACCCCAGUGACCUGGGGUGCAGCCUGAGAUCCUCUCAAGGCGACGAGGGAGGCAACGUCGCAGCUGCUUGCGACAUUCUACAGUCUCCUGAACCAUCAUCCCAUAAGUCUUCCACCCAUCGUUCAUCCCUCCAUACCUCCAGACCGUCUUGUGCAUCCAGCGGUUCAUCCCCAAACGCCUCUUUCUCUCUUCCAUUUCACCCAUUCUCUGGGAAGCAUCACGAGACUACUGAAAAGAUAUCUCUUUACAAAGCGACUCAGAAAGUUAAGACUGAACCCAUCAGUCUGGACCAACAGCCCCUGCAGGAAGAAAAUACCCCUGUCUACACUGGAAAACCAUUUCCUAGUAUUCUUCACUCCAAAAGGGCUCAGAACUGGGGUCGUUAUACCCCUCGACCACUUCUGAAUCCUUCCCGCAGAGGCACAGGCCUCUUUUCGUCCAUUUCAUCUGCUCACCACAGGGAGGAAGAGACAUCAUGGGCCGAGGAGGAGAGAUGUGGGUUACCAUAUGUCAAUGUUGGUCCAGGAUUCCAGGCGGAUAUUCCUCCUUGUGUUGUGGAUGUUGAGUGUUCCAGCUCCUGGAUUUCAGAGGAAGAUUACCCACCAGAGCAGCUGUUGUGGAAACCCUGGGAUGAGCUGCAGGAGAGCCCUCGACUUCAGGGCCAAGUGGAGAAGCUGCUGUCCAUGUGUAGUUCCAGCUGUCUACCAGGAGGGGGCAGUAACACAGACCUAGCACUGCAUUGCCUCCACUACAGCCAAGGGGACACAAUGGCCGCUUUGGAGAUGCUGUUGUUUUCUACGCCCUCCCCUGCAGGAGAUUACCACUACUCUGGGAGUGAUUUUUGGACAGAUACUGAAAAGAAUCUCUUCGGUGUGGCUCUAGGGACGUAUGGAAAAGACUUUUCACUCAUAGAGAAGACGGUGAGGACAAAGACGGUGUCCCAGUGCGUGGAGUAUUACUAUCUGAGCAAGAGGCUGGUGGACAAACAGAAGAAGCAAAAGGAGGAAGAGGUCAGAGAAGCAGAGGAGGAGUUGAAGAAAUGCAUGACGCCCCUCUCCCAGCCAAUGGAAAGGUCGUUUGUUUUGGAGGAAGUGGUUCCUGCUCCCUCACUGGCUAGCUUCUUCCCCUGCAAGCUGUGUGGCAAAAUGUUCUAUAAAAUCAAAUCCCGCAACGCUCACAUGAAGAUCCAUCGCCAGCCUCAGGAGGACUGGACUGACAGGCGGCUCCAGCACCAGCUCCUCACGCAGCGUCUUGCCCUCACUCGCCCAGCCAACCUCAUUCCCAGCCCAGGAAGUAGCCUGCUCCCACCUCAGUCUUCGUCAGCUAUGGUGUUCUCCCCGUCAGGCCUCCCUUCAAGCAGCAGCAACAACCCAAACAAUGUACACAACAGUAUAACUAACAGCCACACAAUCACUCCUAACCAACUUGUAGAUCCUAGCACAGGUGUGACUUUUAGCAACAUCAAUCCUACAAAUCCCCAUCUAGUUGCUAUGAACAAUAUCGAUGGGUGCGACUCAAACCGAAAAGACCCCAUUGUACCUUUCCACCAGCCGUGGAACUCUUUUGGACACCUUCUUCCAGACCUCUCUUCUUUUUAUUGCCUCCCUGAAGGAAAGGAGGAAAUGGGAGCAGGGUCAGGGGAGGGAAAGGAGGCGAUCGGCUGGCAGUAGUAGUCUGUCACUUUCCUAAAAGCAUUACCACCGCAAUUCUGAAUAUCAAACUUACCUUUAAUUCAAACUCAGCUGUUUUAUUCAAACUGUUUUCACACAAAAAAAAAUUAACUUAAUGCUCCUGUUUAUUUGGGCUUUUGCUGUAAAUGUUGUACUUAUAUUUGUUACAUAUUUAAAUAAUUGUUUUUCAUCUGAAAUAUCAAUAAAAAUAUGACU